ACGUCCUGCGGAAGCGCAUUAACCAUCAUCAGCUCUUUCGAUGGCUGCUUCUUCUUCGAAUCCGAAAAGAAAUUACCAUGUGUUCCUAAGCUUCAGAGGCACGGAUGUCCGCAACAACUUCCUCGGCCAUCUUUAUGCGGCUCUGGACCAGAAAGGAAUACACACUUUCAUGGACAGCAAGAAGCUCAGGAAAGGAGAGCAGAUAUCGCCGGCGCUUAUGAAGGCGAUCGAGGAAUCGCGUGCCGCGAUAAUCAUUUUUUCCGAGGACUAUGCUUCCUCUCCGUGGUGCUUGGAAGAGUUGGCUAGAAUUAUGGAGUGCAAGGAGCAAAGAGACCUCAAGGUCUUUCCCGUGUUUUACAAAGUGAAACCCAGGGAAGUGAGAACACCAAGAAAGAGUUACAGAGAAGCUAUGGAUAAGCAUGAGUCCAAGUUUGGGAAGGAUCCAGAGAAAGUGAAGAGAUGGGAGAAGGCUCUCUUUGAUGCCGGCAGCUUGUCUGGGUGGAGUUUCCUUGAGGGAGAUGAAGCGGAGCUCAUACAAUACAUCGUGAAGGAAUUAUCCAUUCAUCUAGAGCAUACACCCUUACAUGUCGCUAAGUAUCCAGUCGGAAUAGAUUCUCAAGUUCAAACACUGAUAUCGUUGUCACAAAAAGAGUCAGGUGAUAAUGAUGUUCUCAUGAUAGGUCUAUGGGGACUUGGAGGCAUAGGGAAGACAACGAUUGCGAAAGCCUUAUAUAAUGCUAUUGAGAGACAAUUCCAAGGUUCUAGCUUUUUGGCACGAGUUAGAGAAAGUUCGGACAAAGGCAAUGGUCUUGUUGCGUUGCAAGAAAAACUUCUAUCUGAGAUCUUAUCGCAUAGACAUUUAACGGUAUAUAGUGUCGACGGAGGAAUUAAUUUGAUACGGGAAAGACUUUGUUGCAAAAAGGUUCUCUUAGUUCUUGAUGAUGUUGACCAGUUGGAUCAACUGAAUGCAUUAGCUGGAGAAGGCCAUUGGUUUGGCAAAGGAAGUAGAAUUAUUGUUACGUCAAGAGAUAAACAUUUGCUAAAUUCUCAUGGCAUAAAUUUUGUGUACGAAGUUAAGACUUUAGAUGACAAUGAAGCACUAGAGCUUUUUGGUCGGUAUGCCUUUCCAAAUAGCAAGAAAGUUGAAAUAAGGAGGGAUCUCAUAGAUAGAGCACUGCGUUAUGCUAACGGCCUUCCGUUAGCCCUCGAAGUGUUGGGCUCAUUCUUAUUUGGAAGAAAUGAACCUGCAUGGGAAAGUACAUUGCGUAAACUCUCCAAAAGUCCUGACAAAACUAUCAAAGGAGUUCUCAAGACAAGCUUCGAUGGGGUGAGGGAUAAUGAGAGGGAAAUUUUCCUUGAUAUCGCUUGUUUCUUUAAGGGGAAAAGAAUAGAAGAUAUCAAGGAAAUUCUCGACAGCUGUGAUUUUAACACAACUAUAGGAAUAGAAAUUCUCGUGGAGAGGUCCUUGAUAACAUAUGAGCAUGGGUACCUGGAAAUGCACGAUUUGGUUCAGUCAAUGGGUAAGGAUAUUGUUAAUCAGGAAUGUCCCGAUGAUCCUGGGAAACGCAGUAGAUUAUGGACUUUUGAAGAUGUUCAAGACAUUCUAUUUGAAGAUACGGGAACGACUGCAGUAAAGGCCAUAGUAUUGGACUCGCCCGAACCAGAAGAGAUAACUAUUAGUCCUCAUGCUUUCACAAACACGAAAAGGUUGAGAAUGCUCAUUUUGCAUGAAGUGCAUAUCUCUUCACAAGGUCCUGUACGUCUCCCUAAUGAGCUAAGAUGGCUUAAAUGGGCCAAUGCCCCGGAUCUAGAAUUUGGCCCUGGCCGAAAGAAACUUGUUGCAAUUGAUGUCCAGGGAAGUCCUAUCAAACGGUUGGAAGGCAAGUUUAUGAAUUUUGGAAGGUUGAAGUCCAUAAAUUUCUCGCGAUGCGAGUCCCUUGCUAGUGUUCCUGACCUUUCAAUGGCUCCAAAUCUGGAGAGCUUGAAUCUCGAUUACUGCGAAAGCUUGGUGGAGGUUCACCAAUCCGUCGGAUACCUUGACAAGUUAAGGUUAUUGUCACUAACAUCGUGCUCUAAUCUUAGUAUCUUUCCCAGCAAACUCAAGACAAAAUCUCUUCGACACCUUAGUCUCUCUGGUUGCUCUAAACUCGAGAAGUUCCCUGAUAUUUUGGGAAAGAUGGAACAUGUAGAAGAAUUUCAUCUGGGAUGGACGGCUAUUAAAGAGCUCCCUGCAUCAAUUGAAAAUCUUGUCUCUUUGAAACGGAUGCAUUUAUUUCGAUGCGACAACCUUACAAGGCUUCCAUUGAACAUUUAUAAGUUGCACAAUCUCGAGGUUCUGAGUCUUCAACGAUGCUUGAAUUUAGUCAUGUUUCCAAAGAACUUGGAGGAUUCAACUAACCCCGAUGACCAUUUAAGAUUCCCAAAUCUAUACAGUUUAGACAUUACUGGCUGCAAUCUAUCGGAAGUAGACUUCCUUGAGAGUUUUCCCAAAUUGAAAUACCUAUAUCUUUCAGAAAACAAGUUUACUCAUCUACCAACAUGCAUCAACAAAUACGAUAAUUUGAAACGGUUGGAUGUGGAGCGAUGCCCGCAACUACAAGAGAUUCCUCAGCUUCCAUCAAAUAUGCAUAUCCUAAGAGCAAAUGGUUGCAAAUCUCUGCAGAAACUCCCCAAUUUGUCGAGGCUCUCCUCCGACUACCUUAAAGUUGACUUGUCGUCAUGCUGUGAAUUAUUCCGCAGAGGGGUCAAGAUGGGUGAUGUGCCAUUACUCGAGGGACUCCCGAAGAUGGGGGGUGUCGACGUUCGCCUGAUUGGAGGAGAAAUGCCAGAGUGGUUUCUCUACUGUAAAGAGGAUUCCAUAUCUUUCAUGGUUCCCCGAGACUUGUAUGACAAGUUCUUGGGACUAGCGCUCUGCGUUGUUCUUGGCCUGGAGGAAGGAAAAAUGGUCUAUGCGUCAUGCAACAUCCAAAUAUUUGUUAAUGGCCGAAGGGUGAUUUCGCUAGAAGAGAAUGUCUUUUAUUCGUUGGAAUCCGAUAAUGUGUGGCUUAUAUAUUUCCCACGCCCUCAGCUGUUUGAAGUGGAGAAGCAUCUGCGAAACGAAGAGAGCCUAUUCCAAGUUUGCCUCAGACCAUGGGGAGCAAGCAUAAAAAAGUGGGGAUUCCGUCUAAUAUGCGAGCAGCAGGAGGAUGAUAUGAGGGUCGUGCUCCAACACCAUCAGCCGAUUGAAAACAAAUUGGAAAGAGGCUCGGAAGAAGACAACUCGUACUGCUCAGAAGAAGAUAACUCAAUAGACACCACAGAAGAAGAUAGUCCAAGUGAAACAGAUGCAGGGCAAAGCAAAUCAACUUGAAAAAAGAAGAGAAGAUUGUCUUAACCAUGGCGGGACUAUGGGUUGCACUCGUGCCAAUCUAUUAUGAGGGUUGGCUUGCGAAGCAUGCCCGUUGAAUUGGUUCGUGGGUUGCUGAGGAAGUGAACUGGGUCAUUUCGAUUUCAAUGCCUUUAUCUUGUCCCCUUUUUCGGUCUCUACUAGAAGUUUUCUAACGUGUGCACCUUCAAGUAGAAUUCGAAACCACUAUCAGGUUUCACAUCAUGCUACUGAUAUGGUUGAGGAACUUUUUCCUCUCCUUCUUUAUGAUUUGUGAUGCAGAGUGCAUUAAUCCAAAGUUAUGUGGAUUCUUGUUGAA